AUGUUGAUGGCAAGACCGCCCCCAAAUGGCAACAUUCGCACAGGGCAGGUGCCGGCACCGAUUACAUUACCAUCGUUCCAGAGUUUCUGUGAUCUUGUAAAGCAGUCCGACCCAGAUGCCAUAGGAGAUGUACGCCCCCCAACAACGUCACCGUCAGACUAUCCAAAACAUUCAGUGUCACAAAGUCCCAGGCAUCCACCGCCGUAUAGUCAGAUACCGUAUUCCCCUCGGCGUCUCGAGCAUCACCGUCUUCAACCUAUCGCGCCGCCGCAAGAUCCUCCCAGGACACCUCAGUACGCGCAAACCCAAUGGAACUAUCCACAACCAAACCGUCCACCACUUCCAAACUGUCCCAGUCAGCCAGCAUAUGCUGAGCACUUCUCGCCUAGUCGGCCGCAUCCUGAUCUCCAGCCGCAUGCCAAAGUGGUUGUUCAGGAAAAGGUUGUUGACGGUAAAGGACUCUGCUAUGUGUAUAGUGAUGGAACAACCUGCCCAAAGCUUAUCAAUGGUGACACGGUGAACCCCAAGUGGGGCACUACGAAAGCAGGAAAGCCACGAAAGCGCCUCGGUCAAGCUUGCAACACCUGCAGAGAGAAGAAGAUCCGAUGCGAUCCUCAAUUGCCAAAAUGUGCUCAGUGUCAGAAAUUUGGGAGGGAAUGCAAGUUCGAAACAAAUGUCAGAGGAUCCCAGCGCGGCGGUUGCGGAAUAUCAGUCGAAGCAUCAUCUCCACCGUCCGAUCGUCGAAGCAGUAUCCAGCAUGAUAGGCCCGGCUCACGCGACUCCGUGGAAACGUACCACGAGCGCGGCUUCUCCGCGUCCUCCAUAGGCAUCGAUAGUCUCCUCUCGUCGAGAAGAUCAGCACAAGACUCCAUGUCAGAGCCGCCCGCACCCAAGAAGCGCAAGUACUCGACCUCACCAAAUCCAACCAAAGGAGAGGUAUCUGUAAUCGAUCCAGUCAGGGAAAUAAGGGUAUUUUCUGUCCGGACGGAUCCUUUCGACGUUGAUGCUUCACUGGCACGGUACUAUCUGGACGCGUUCAUGCAAAACUUCAACGCCCUGUUUCAGAUAUAUCCUCAAGGCCAAUUUUACCGUUGGGCCACGGGCGGGUCUCAGAAAAGCGCGACUGAUAUCAUGCUUUUGCAUACGAUUUUGUCUCUAGGAGCAAGCUUUGCAGGACGCAACUCGCCAAGAUCAGAAGAUCAUGGUCGUACUUUCGACGAGCUUGUUGAAGCUGCGCUUGAGCACGAGAGGUCCACUCCGUCCAUUCAGUUGGCUCAAACCCUGCUGCUCUUCAGCUACCGCAGGUUUGCGAAGGGCGGUCUUGUUGGUGCUGGCGAUACCAUUGCGUAUGCCAUGAGAGUAUGCCUCGAAAUGCGGCUGAACUACGAAAGACAAAACCCUGCUCCCGAAGGACGACCGAUGUGCCCUUUCGGUUUCGAUGACAGCCUCUUCGACGAGUGCCGUAGACGCACUUUCUGGGUUGUGUACAUCAUGGAAACCACCAUGCAUUAUUGCCUUGGCGAUGAUUAUCGCACAACGGACCUUCACUGCAGUCUCCGGAUUCCUUGCAAAGAGGAGCUAUACGACGAUGGGAAUGUAUCCUUGCAGCCAUCGGUCUCAUUUCGGGGUUCGGAAUACCAAAACAUUCCCGAAUGCCACUCGAUGGGCCGCCUGGCAGUCUACGUAAGUGGCAUGGCCAUUCUGCGAGAGGCAAUGUAUUGGAUCGAGGCAAUCAAGACCAUGCCGAAAUCUGACGCAACGAUCACACAUGCCGGAGUACAACAGAGACUACUUGAGCGCGCUCAAAGAUUGUAUAACGAUCUUUGUGACGUCUUUCCACGUCAGAAAAAACCGGCUAAGGAGAUCUUGGGGCAAACGCUACUCAUCGACAAGGAGGAACCUCGCCAGGCUUUCAUUCUCUACCACUUCAUCAAGAUGGUUAUCUAUCGUCACGUACGAUACGAUUGCAUGGAGGCGGAGCAAGUCGUUGCCAUUGUCAACAGCGCUCGCAGUGAAGCCUUCAGACAUUUGAAUGUCCUAUGGAAGCUCCGCAGCAGUGGUCAAGAUGGCACAGCAUGUCCUCUCGCUGGCUAUGCGCUACUGCUAGCCGUUGACAUCACAACAGCAGCCGGAUCGGUUGCCAGCACCAUGGAGUACCUGACCGGUGAAGAAGCAGAAGACGAUCUCGGCCAUCAACGCACGGGCACCGGCUCGAAGAAAGCUCUCACCGAUCUCCUGACCUGCGGCAUCGAAGUCUUGGCUGACUACGGUACCUACUGGCAGACUGCGAAAAUACAGCUCGAUGCAAUCACCAGGCGCUUCAUGGCGGUGAAGGGCGAAAUUGCACGCAAUGCUGGACACAAGCCAGGAUUUUUCUUUCAGAAUUCUUUGCACAGUCCUUUCGGGACCGAAGCCGACAUUAUGUAUGGGCUCGAUAAAAUCUCGUUGUUCAGAGCGCUGGGUAUGGGACACCGUGUCCAUAGCGUGGCUGAUCUAUAUGAGGCAAGAGGGAUCCAGGCCCGAUGA